ACUGGGGAUAAUGAAGGAUGAUGAGAGCGAAUCCCCUCACAUGACAGCGAUUAUAAACUGGGGGUUUGGUGGGCGUGGGAGAGAAAAAGAGAGAGGAGAGAGAAUAACGGAGCAGAACACAUGAGGAAACUUCUUAAUUCGGCGCGCAGAAGCGCAAAUGUGGACGUAUUAUCUUGCCGACAUUUACCAGGUGAUUAUUUGACGCUUGUGAUCUACCGCGCGUCAAAGGUGAGAUGGCAAGCAGGUUGGGGCUCCCCCACGGCAGUUCCCUGCACAGAUGCAUGCUGGUCCUGACCUUCCUGCUCCUGCUGUGUGAGAUUGUUGUCAGCCGCCUCUGUAACUCCCUAAUCACCAUGGUGGACGUCUUCCACACCCUCUUCAUCCUCAUGCACAUGGCUCUUCCUCUUGCUCAACCCACCCUGGGCAGAAGCCCCCAAAAACCGCCACCUGGCUCCCCUCUCUCCACCUCCAUCACCUCCAUCACCUCCAUCCCCACUCAGUCACCUGUCAAACCUCCCCCAUAUGCCCUAACCACCUCCUGUGUCUCCCCCAUCCCCUCCAGCUCAACUCCCUGUCCCUCUCCUCCCCUCUCAACCCCUGUCCUCACCACCACUUCCCAGUUUCCCUCCAAACCUCUCACCCCUACAACCACCCAUUGUUUCUCCCCUGACCACUCUGAGUCCAACCAGCUAACCUCUUAUCCCCAUCCCACCCUGUCUGUUCCAGCCAACCCUUUUCCCCGACGCCUCCCCCCUGAGGCCUCCCUGUGUGGCCUGUCCUACAGCGAAGCGAGGGUCCAGCCCCUGGGGGCUCUGAUCUCAGCUCUCCUGCUGGCUGCCCUGUGUGUCUCUGUCUCUCUGGAUAUCCUCAGCCACACCCUGCAGCCCCACCCUAUACUGCGCCCUCUUUUGGCCACGGUGAUGGGGGCUGUUAGCUUGCUCUACAACCUCCUGGUGCUGGGGCUCAGCUGGGGCAGCUGGCUAGGGACCAAGACUAGAGCUGCCUGGGAGGGGGAGGAGAUCUCUGUCCUUGGUGUGAAUGGAAAAGCAAUGAGCAUCUGUUUGUUUUUCAUUCCCUCUCUCCAACACACUACAGUCAAGGCCAAGGUCCAGACCAAAUACAGCACUGGAGUGGGGGGAGAGAAUGACCUCAGUAACCUCCCUACAUCUCUGGAUGGUGCCUUCCAAGAUAGAACACUUGUACUCUGUAACCCUGGGACCUCCAGUGUCCUGAACCCUGACAGUGACUCUCAGCACCCACCCCAGACAUCCCCACUCCAUACCGUGGCCCCUCGGGGGCCCCUUUCAGACCACUGUCAUGGAGCACACACACUCUCUGCAGACUCACACACACUCCCUGCAGACUGCAGAACUUCAGAGACACCAAACAACUUCCCACAUCCAGAGGCCAGUGGCUGUUAUCCAAACUACCCCAACUCUGAGGUGUCUAAGUGCGUGGGACACAGAGAUAAUCAGACAGACCCCACCACAGCCUCAGCCCUAAAGUCAGAAAGCCCCACAAGGCUCAGGGUCCAAAUUCCCGCCUUUCUCCCAUCCCUCAUCACCCUCACCCAGGCACUGCUGGGCUCCAUCCUGGCCCUCACCAACGGGCUUACCCUGCUACUCCUGGACCCAGACUGCCUGCAUGGCUCUGGGGCCUGUGGCCCCUUCAUCUACCUGGACCCUGGCUUCUCCAUGGUGGCUGUGGUGGUGCUGCUGGCCACCGCUCUGCCCCAGGUGUGCCGUUACGGUUGGCUGCUGCUCCAGGCCAGCCCAUCCCAGGUGUGUGUGUCUGAUCUGGGCCGGCGGAUCGCCAGUGUGCCAGGGGUGCAGGCAGUGCACGACCUCCAUGUGUGGCAGCUGACAGAGAGCUGCCUGGUGGCGUCUGUACACGUCCACUGCCACGCUGGGUUCCAGAUACACAGGUGUGGUGAUCUGUUGUCGGGGGUCACCAAGGUGCUACAGAGUGUAGGUGUGAGCUGUUGCACCGUACAACCAGAGUUCCUCCUCUCCACUCCCACAGCCAACGGCAACCUGGAUAACAACAACACCAACCCCAACAUCAUCCAUAGGGAGAUUCCCCCACUGCUCUCACACCUGGCCUGCAGCCUGGCCUGUGGGAAGGGCUGUGCUGGGAAGAUGUGCUGUGCUCCUCUGGAGGAAGGGUCUGCAGAGCCACUGGCACCCCCUGCAGGGGAAACUGAGGAGCCUCACGUGUUGAUCAUAGAGAACACCUUUCUUUGAGGGAAGGACCUUUGCCCUAGGAUGUAUCUCAGUAUUGAAGAGUGGGCUCCUUGCCUUCUUUCCUUCAUGUGAAUGUGAUGUGAGAUGUAGAGGACUGAAGGGGAGUAAACCACUUUGGGAAAUUAAGAUCCAGCCUGGGGAAUUAAUAUAAUAUAUUAUUAUUGUCAGAAUUUUCUGAAAGACUUCCUCCCCAUGUCAUUGAGGUAAUUUGAGAGUGCUAGAUAGCCUAAUGUAAGAAUUAGGCUCUCAGGUAAAGAGUAGAAAUCACAGUAGUCAUCAUGCUUGUGUGUGUGUUUUGGGAUAGGGUGGGAAAGUUAACAUCAUUCCUAUGGGUACUCAGGAAGUGCCUAUAUGUUUACUGUAUAUAAUGUAUAAUCUAUACAUGUACUACAUCAUUAUGCUAGUAUUGUAUUUCAUUGUAUUAACAUGGUGCCAUACCAAAGACACAGUAGGUUGUAAACCAAGUCACUGACCAAAUGAGGAAUUUUUUCAAUAAUGCCAUUUCAAACAUAUUUUCACUUCCAUUAUUGCACAUUGAUGACAUGUCUUAUCAUUCACAUUUUGUGUACAUUGAACGUUUAGGUGCUGUCAAACGAUCACAGUAAUUAAUCGAGUUAAUGGCAUUAGUUAAUCGUGAUUAAUCUCAAUUUUAGAAUGUGCUCAUAUUUGGCCCUAUAGAACAAUAGAUAUAUUUAAAAGCCAGCGCAUUGAGUUACAAGCAUUGAUUGUAAGGGACGGAAACACAACAUUAUCGCCAUCAGAAUUUUUUUAUAGUAUUUUCACCAUAAACAACAAAAGUCACGGAAACAUACAGCUAGCUAUUAAUGCUCCUAACGUUUAAGUAGGCCUUCGAGUAUGUUUAAGUACUCCCUCUUAUCAAUGUUAUUGAAGUUUAACAAUUGCACACACUCACAAACACACACUCACACACAGCUUUAAGUACUGUUCAUUUUUUUUAUCACUUUGGAAAUGUAAUGAGUACAUUGGUUUAAUCACCAAAACACAACAUCUUUUCAAUGUAGUCGUUUUAACUACGAGCUAAUCCAAUAGCAAACAAUGCAAGAUACAUGUUUCAAAUCGCCCUUAGAAGUGCUGAAAGUAAUAUGCUACAGUAGUGUAAAUUACAGUAGAUUACACCGUUUUCACAUAAGGCAAUACACUUACAUUACCCAACGAAAUUGACAGAAAAUCUAUCAUUUCCGUAAUAUAGUAUCUAUCCCAUGUGUAAUCAAAUGUGUGAUCACUGAAGACAUCCUCUACAAUCAUUAUUGCAAAAAAGAAAAUAUAUAUAUUAUACCAACAUAGGUGUACUAUCUGUAAUCAAAUGUAAGAAAUUAAAUGAAACAAAUUAAAUGAAUGAAAAUGAAACAUAACGUUUAGCACACAUUCAUUUGCAUCAAGCCUGUCUUGAGCAUUUAGCCAUAAAUUAUCAUCCACAUCACAGUGAAUGUCCUCAUUCUUCAUGCACCGUGGGAAAAACCUUUUGGCAUGGCGAAUCCAAGCUUGACAUUGGUCUGUAUUGAUGUCGCAUGCCUCAUCCAUGGCUAAUACUACCAUAGGGUGUUACCAUUAGUCCAUCAGUUGCAAACGAGAGUUUCUAUUGGACAAAUUCAGGUAUGUUUAACCUCGUUUUGUUUGCUUCCAUUCAAGAAAUGUAUUUAAAAAAGAAUCGGCAGAAUUAAUACACCCCUGAUCAUGAGUAAACACAGUUCACUUUCAUAGCAGCCACGUUGUAUUCCUUCUCGCAUCUAUGCGCUCUCCUCUUCUCACCUUUUUCCUUUGCUUGUGGACUUCAAUGUACAACACAUCAGCUAUAUGUGACCAGGCGAAAAAACCUUUCCAAGCCAAACAAUAUCAUAACCACUAUACACAGGCUACAUUGUUGUCACCAUAUUUGCUAAAGUAACAUCAUUGUUAACAUAGCUAAUAGAACUAACACGUUAGUAAACCCGCUACAAUCAUGCAGUAACAUUAUAGUGUACAGUCAGUAUGCAGUUUAGCACUUACACAGGCAGGCCCCGGGGGCAAUAAAUUUGUCAAACCAAAAGCUUACCUUGAGUUGGAAGAGCUAGCUAACAUAGCAUCCUUCUGUUUGAGCAAGGUGUUUGAGUAGGCUAAACUAGCUAGCUGCAUUUGCUAGCUGAGUACUGUAAGUGAGACUGAAAGUCAAACAUAUUGUG